AUGUCUGAUUCCGAGAACAAAGAGAACAUCCAAGAGGACCAGCAACAGGCGCCUCAAAAAGAAGGUAGCUCCUGGUAUUCCAAACCUGAGCAACUGGGGACCAGUGCCGGAGACAAGAUCGAGAGUACUCUUUCGCCUGUAGGGAAGAAUGUCGGCCCUGUGCUGGAAAAGGGUGGAGGUGUCGUUGGAGGGGUCGUGGAUCCCGUGCUUGGUGGUGUGAUGCGGUCUGGUAAGGGCUUCGGGGAGCAGUUGGGUGUAGGCUACGGUAAUGCCGAAGGCGGCCCAGCCAAAGCGCAAGAGGCGGAACAUAAGAGGAUGAAAGAGGAUCUGGGCGGGAAGGAGCAGACCGGGGAUAACCCGUUGGGUCUGUGA